UUAUACUCCAUAUUUUCUUUUUCUCACAUUUUAUACCCAUCUAAACUCACUAUAAAAUUUCGUCAUCGUUACCGUCAACAAUCAAAGAUACCAACAACUAACCCCCGGGUUCUCCGGCCCUCGACAACCGCCGAAUCCCAUGUAGUUUUGUUCUCCCGGCGAUUCUCGGAAAGGUUCUCCGGUGAUUCUCCGUUAUCGCGAUGGAUCAGAACCAGAGUAACAGCAGCACUAGCAGUUCGAGAACCUCGUACUGGACGAACGAGAGGCACGGACAUUUCCUGAACUCGCUCGAGUCUUCGUUCGUUCGGAACAUGUUCGGAAAACAACACCGCGACGACGACGACGAGGAUCGGCGGCUCGACCGUGUUUUGCCGGACAGUGCCGAGUCAACUCUCGACCACGGAUCGGGAAAUGGAAGGGGAAGGAAACAUUCUUCUACAGGAUUGCAAGAUAUUUUAAGGAAAAGAGGUGAUACGGACAAGGCAACAAGAAGACCGUCAUCCAAAUCUUUUACCUCAAAUCAAGAUCAGGUGGUCCCACAGCUAAAAUAUGCAAAAGAGGAUAAGGAUGCUGAAAACAACGUUGAUGCUUCUCAAGACCGACGACGACAAAACUAAUUAAUUAAAACCAGCCAUAGCCCAUCCCUAUUUCUUAAUGGUCGUUUGGUACGGUGAUUUAUUAGUAAUAUGUUGAGGGGUACGAACUUAGAGUCCAUUAAUAAUGGCAGUUUUUUUUUUUUUUACCUCAAUGUAUAGAUAUGAUCGCGUGUGUCACUGUACUCCCGAGUGUAUAUAUGCUACAAUCUUUCUCAUCUCUAUCAUCAUUUUCUUUAUUAAUAAUACUUUCUUUUUAUUUA